GUACGAAAGCCGUCUAGUAUGGAGUUGUAAGCAGAGGUGCUCGGUUCUACCUUGGGCGUGUAUUUACAUAAGAAUAUGUGACACAAGAACGCGAGGAGGAUCAUAAAUGAGAGGGAACCAUUCAGUCAUUAAAUUUGUUCAUUUGAUUGCGAAUGUCUGGGGAAGAUCUCUCUCCGUCUCUGAGAAGACAGGGCUGUUCUUUGAAGAAUCCCAGUAAAUCUGCAUCACCAUCGCUAUGAUGCUCUCUGUGUAAAGUGUAUCCUCUUUACCUGUGCCUGCAGGGCUGUCUCUCUUAAUUUCUUUCAGGAUUUUCAAGACUUGCGUCUCCUCCGUUCAGGACUGAAGACAUCCCGUUCCUGAGCUCUGCCUGUGCAGCUCUGUGCUUUCCUGCAGACGUCCCCAUCGCCAUUGCACGCCAAGAGCAUCCGAUGAAGAAGGGAGACACGGGCCGGGGAAGCGGAAGGCUUGUAAGGUGAGAAUGGGCGUCUCGUCUUUCCCCAGCAUGCUCCUGACGAUGGAUCCACCGCUGUCAUUACAGAACCUCGAUUCUUCCCAUCCGUUAAUUACUGCUGUCAUCCUUAAUUGAUUGAUUAAUUCAUGGGCGGAUAGCUUAGCAUUAUAUCAACACUAAGAACAUGACUGCUACAUACUAAACGCAAUUCUACGUGCUACAUUUGGGAAGUACAACCUUCCCAGAAUUAGAGUACCAAUCUAUCAACAUACUGAUUUAAGACCUAUUCAUGUCUUCCCAUCACUAAACAGAACAUGAAUACCGUAACCGGUCAUUUCAAUGCUCUCUGUCACACUGUCACAAAAAAGAAAAACCUGACAAACACGCACACGCGCUCAAAGCCCUUGUAGUACGAAGUACCGGGUGAGAACUACACUUCCCGGCAGGCGCCUGGGUCAUGUGAGCUGAGCGCUUCCGCACGUGACUGCUGGCAGAGUCACGGUCAGCACCUCGCGGUGUCCGCAGAAUACAACUGGCACCGCUAGGGAUAGACUGGACCCACUCGUCUCACAGAGCCAGGACAGACACUCCCGAACCCCAGCUGGCGACUGGGAGCUGCGCUCAUCGAAAGUCGGACAGGGGCAGUUGCAGACUUAUACGAGAAGGACGUGAGAGGGUUGGAGAGACAGUGACAGCGGUUUCCACGGGAUGCAGUACUCGGACAAUUUGAAAUACCAAUCGGAAUCACGCUGAUGGCAGGAAGAACGUCUGGAAAAGACAAAACUCUGUUGCUACCACUGGCUUUUACUGGAUCCACCGUUCAGGACUUUGGACCGGCCUUGUGGUGAGACGUUGUGCCUUCUGCCCCACUGCCUUCCUGACCUAAGAGAUGGCUGCCCCCCAGCGCAAGAUGAUCAGCGGCCUCAUAGCUGCCACUUUUACCCCCCUGAACGACCAGGGGGAGAUCAACCCGUCUGUGAUCGAGCGGUACGUCGACUACCUGGUGAAGGAGCAGGGGGUCAGGGCCGUGUUCGUGAAUGGCACAACCGGGGAGAGCAUGUCCCUCAGUGUGGAGGAGAGGAAGAGGCUGGCAGAGGAAUGGUGCCAGCGGGGCAAGGGCAAGCUGGACCAGGUGAUUGUCCACGUGGGGUGUCUGAGUCUGAAGGAGUCGCAGGAGCUGGCCCGACACGCGGCUGAUGUGGGGGCUGAUGGGAUUGCAGUGAUCUCACCCUGCUUCUUCAAGCCUGCAGAUAAAGAUGCGCUGAGGAAGUUCCUCCAGCAUGUGGCAAAAGCAGCCCCCUGCCUACCGUUCUACUACUACCACCUCCCCGCGCUGACCGGUGUGAGCUUCAAGGCGAUGGACAUCCUGCAGGGGAUUGAGGACAUCAUUCCGUCCUUCCAGGGCUUAAAAUUCAGCGGCAGUGACCUGAUGGAUUUCGGGCAGUGCGUCCACCACAGCCCUCCCCACUGGCCUAUGCUGUAUGGGAUGGAUGAGCAACUGCUGGCUGCGUUGGUGAUGGGAGCGCACGGCGCGGUGGGCAGCACUUAUAACUACAUGGGCUGCGUAGUGAACAGGCUGCUGGAAGCCUAUGAGAAGGGCGACUACGUCCUGGCCAGGAGUAUCCAGUUUCAGACCCAGGAAGUCAUCUCCUAUGCGGUGAAGCAGGGGUUCGACACGGCGGUGAACAAGCAGCUGAUGUGCGUGGUUUCCGGGCUGCCCCUGGGGCCCCCCCGGCUGCCCCUGCAGGAGUGCCCCCGUGAGCGUGCCCUGGCCAUCGCCCGCCGGCUGCAGGAGGUCCUGGGGAGAACUGAGGAGGGGGCUCUGGAAACACAACCCUGAUACUGCUGCAGUCUGCUGCAGUUACUAUUAACACUAUAUUCCCAAAUGGAGCCAAUUAGCACUACACCUGUCUGAUUAUCUGUCUGUAUGUUUGGAUACAUGGUAAUUUAGUAAUGCACUUAUACUCUGGAGGUGUAACUGACCUCUCCUCUCUGUAAGGUUUAUAAACUCUCAGUAUUGUCAGUGCACUGAGCCGCAGGUUGAUAAUCCUUCACAAUCUUUCCAUGCCUUCCACACGCUGCACACAGCAGCUAUGUUGUAUUAGGUUAGGGACUAGAUCAGGGCCGGGUUAGAUUGAUACCUGUACGCUAGCAGUUUGUUCCAAAGGCCAUUUCUACAUCGCUUGUCAGAUUUGCCACUCUGGAUGAAGGUUGUAGUUCACCAGUGAGAGCACUGGAACACAGGGCUUGUGUACAGAGAGGUGCUUAUCAACUUGUCAAGCACAGGUGCAGUACUGUAGGUAGUACAGACUUCUCACUGGCCAGUUGCACGGUCAGAGAAGGUUUACAUAUAAUCCACCUCCCGUUUGCCCGUCAGUCCAGAAGUCGCAGGUUCGAGUCUGGACUACGGCAUCAGGCAACUGAAUUGGCUUUCCUAAGUGAAGGCCAGGACCGGCCACUUGUUUGCGAGGCUGGGCGAGUCUUCACCAGCCAGGGUUUGCCUAGGCUCUUUUCAGGCUCCCCUGAUCUGUUUUUCCACAAUUAGGGCAAGUGGAAGAUCAUAUAACUUGCAACCCUUCAUUUGUAUGAGUUAGGGUAACAACAUGUCACCACAGACUUAUAUAAACCUACCCAUUCCUUCUGAGUUUCACCUGAAUAUGGAAAAAAGUAGCUUUGCCAGGAAAGAAUCCUGAGGAGAAGACUGAGACUGAAAAGUACCCGACCUACACUUCUGUCACAGACACGUUUCUGUGGCAAGAUCUCAGAUGUAGUUGUCCUUCAGCACUUGUAACUGUAUAUAUCUUAGGUUUUAUUGCAGAUUUUACAGAGACUUGUGUUUCAAUCCACUGAAGCAACAUUAAGUAUUUUUAUAAAGACUGUACAUUCACAGACAAAUGUGUAACCAGACACUUCAUGUGCGGUUAGGCUGGUUGUGGAUCUCUUAAGAUGGAAUCAGUUCCUGGUGCAAAUGUCAUUAAUGGGUCUUUUAGAGGCAGCGUUUCAUGUUUUCUAUGUUAAUCUUUUUUAAAAAAUAUCUUUAUUUUUCUGUUCUGAUUGCUGUCUUGAUUUUAACAGUGUAAGACUGUUUCCCCUUCUAAGGGAAAAGUGCAGAUCAUUGAAUAAAACUGUUCACUUUUAAUUCUA